GGAAAAGAUUGGAUGUGUUCAACUCGAAAUUACUAAGAUAAUAAGCAUUAAAGAAGCAUUAAGUUAGAUUGCAACACAUUCGUGAGAUAGAGUCAUAUUAGAAACAGAUAGCUUGGUGUGUGUCCAAGCGAUUUAGAGCGGUAUUUUUAUGCCUUCACAGUUUGGUCUUAUUGUUCAAGAUGUUCGAAAUUUACUUUUGGCUUUAUCUUUUGUUGAUUUGUGUUUUGUAAAACGAUCUGCAAAAUAAGUUGGCUCAUUGCUUGGCAAGAGACAUUUGUUUCUCUACAGGUCGUGUGCUUCAGUUGGAGGACUGUACCUCUGAAGUGCGUUCGAUUGUUUUGAGCAAAUUUAUUAAUUAAUAGAUUUUAUGAUUUUUAUUUUUUUAAAAAAAAUUAAACCAUAUCAUUAAAAAUAUAUAUUGUUGUAGUACACUAUGGAUAGUACUAAUAUAAUGGCCUAGCAUGUGUUUCACACCAUAAUGCUAACUUUUUACAGACACCACAUCUUUUCUCAUCUUGUAUUAUUAUAAAUGUCGUACGUACCUACAUUCAAUCCAUUAUUUGUUCUCCACCAUGGGAGCUCUUCUAUCUCUCUCUUCUAUAUGCCAUUUAAUGGUUCUGAUCCAGCUUCUAGCCUUACUUCUAUCAGGUUACCACUACUCCGAUGCAGCAGCUGCUAAUAAUAAUAAUAAUAAUAAUAAAGGUUUCUCAAUCUUAGAAGCCACAGUGGACGAAAUCCAACUGGCUUUCAAGCAAAACAAACUCACCUCAAGGAAACUCGUAGAGUUCUAUAUAAACCGUAUCCAACGGUUGAACCCACUACUACAUGGUGUCAUAGAAGUGAAUCCCGAUGCUGGUGAACUAGCCGAUAAGGCUGACUACGAGAGAAAGGUUAAGGCUCCAGUAUCAUUCUCCAAGCUCCAUGGAAUACCUAUUCUGGUUAAGGAUAAUAUUGCCACCAAGGACAAGAUGAACACCACUGCAGGCUCACUGGCGUUGCUUGGCUCAGUCGUGCCACGAGACGCUGGAGUGGUGGCAAAGCUCAAGAAAGCUGGGGCUAUCAUACUGGGAAAAGCCAGCUUGACCGAGUGGUCUGCUUUUAGAGCCUAUAUACCCAAUGGUUGGAGCGCCAGAGGAGGCCAAGGGGUGAAUCCUUAUGACAAAACGGAAACUCCAUGUGGAUCGAGUAGUGGAUCAUCAAUAUCAGCAGCCGCAAAUUUUGCAACAGUUACAUUAGGAACAGAGACAGAUGGCUCUAUUUUAUGCCCAGCCAGCAUAAACUCGGUUGUGGGCAUCAAACCAACUAUUGGUCUCACUAGCCGAGCAGGGGUUGUUCCCAUCACCCAUAGACAAGAUACCGUUGGACCAAUUUGUAGGACAGUCUCGGAUGCCACUUAUGUUCUUGAUGUCAUUGCUGGUGUUGAUAAGAAUGACAAAGCAACAUUUGAGAAAUCCAAGUACAUUCCCAAAGGUGGCUAUGCACAAUUUCUUAGUUCAAAUGGACUCAAAGGAAAGAGACUAGGGAUUGUAAGACAUCCUUACUUUGAAUUCAACAUUUCUAAAGAGAUCGACACAUUUCUCAUUAAUACAUUUGAGGAACAUCUCAGCACAUUAAGGAAAAAAGGUGCAAUUGUAAUAGAUAAUCUGAAAAUAACAAAUAUUGAUGAAAUCUACAAUGAUGCAUCUAGUGAAGAGACUGCAAUGAAAAAUGAUUUCAAGAUAGAUUUAAAUGCAUACCUAAAAGAGCUGGUGUCAUCACCAGUGCAAUCCCUAGCCGAUGUCAUAGCCUUUAACAAUAAAAACUCUAAGUUGGAAAAAAUUAAGGAAUAUGGGCAAAAAUUACUUAUAGCAGCCGAAGCAACAAAGGGAAUAGACAAGGCUGUAUUGGGCACUUUAGAAAGACAAACAAGAAAUGGUUUUGUGAAGUUAAUGAGAAAGUACAAGCUAGAUGCAUUGGUGGCUUGUGCUGGACCUUCUUUUCCUCCACUCCCAAUUAUCAGUACAAUCUUGGCCAUUGGGGGAUUUCCUGGCAUUACUGUCCCCGCAGGCUAUCUUGGAGAGGUGCCAUUUGGCAUUUUCUUUGGGGGACUAAAAGGUUAUGAACCCAAAUUGAUUGAAAUCGCAUAUGGGUUUGAGCAAGCCACUAAAAUUAGAAAACCUCCUUCACUUUAGGGCUUCAUCAAAGAUUAGACACUUCGGAAUCCAUGCUUGUAAUAUUAUGCUAUUAAUUAUUUGUAUGGUAUUAUCAGGAAGUUAUAUAAGCCUUAUAA